AGGAGCGGGGAGAGAAAGUGGGGGGCUGAGAUCCCCUCGGAUUUACCACUGCCCCCUCCCGUGGGGACCCCCCCUCCUCUCCCAUCCUGCCCCCUUUCUCCCUAGAGAGCAACGAGCAACACCCAGGGUGACCCCCCCUUCCCUCAAAUCCCUGAGAAGUUCCCUGUUCCCCUCCCCCGAUUGUGCCCCAUUUUCUCUCGAUUUUGCCAGUGUCCAGCUCUCAUUGUGGCUGGUGGGGGUUUGAGGGGUAUCUGGGAUCCCUGGCCAGGGAUUCUGCGGACUGGGUGCCAGGGAAUAUCUGGUGAGACCCUGGCUGGGUUUGUGGGGGUGUCUGGGGACCCUGGCUGGGAGUCUGGGCUCUGGGUACUGGGGGGUGUCUGGGGGCUGCUGCUAACCAUGAUCCUUCUCCCUGAUCAGUUUGUGCCAGAAUCCUGACUGCAAGCACUGCCAGGCAGCCCCCGGCCAGACCCAGUUACUGUGAUAACUUUCUAUCCACUUGUCAAACACUGUGAGGUGAAAUCACUGAUUUUUCUUUUCUCCUCUCUUGAAAACUGCAGGAACUUUCUGUUCCAUUGGGAAUAUUCAUUCCCUCCCUCCCAGCCCUUAUCCUAGAUCUAAGGGGUGAGGGAGGUGGGAAGGGGGUCAGCACUGCCACAUGAUGGUCUCUUCCACAGCGUUCUGGACUAAUUCUUUUUGAAAUCUGGUUUCAUUGAGACCAAUUUUCUGUAUCCAAAGAAGUGAAAGCUCAUGCUGAAAUAAAUUUGUUAGUCUCUAAGGUGCCACAAGUAUUCCUGUUCUUUUUGCGGAUACAGACUAACACGGCUGCUACUCUGAACAUUGAGACCAAUGUUACUCCAGAGUCACUGUAUGGAAACACAAGGAGUGACUCCAGAUGGACAGUGGGGCAAAUGAGAUCAGCAAUUCUCCCUGUGAGGAGGAGCUCUCAUUAGCUGCUCUCCCCAGAGAGCUAAAGGAGGAAAGCUGCUCAGAUGCUCUGUCCUCCUCUGCUCAGGAUAUUGGGGUUCAACUUUCUGGGUCAGACGCUGCAGCCUCCAUUGUGAUCUGGGAGACCAGGCUUAGCAGCUGCUGCUCCCCCAGCGGGGUUCUGUGCUGGGAAGUGACUUUAAUUAAAGUUUCUUUUCUGCCCAGCCAACGUGAUGACUUUCUCCAGCUCGUACUAGCCCCUUGUGGGAGACGUGGGCCCUGUUAAUACAAAUUCUACCACAGACUCCAGCAUGGCAGAAUCUAGGAUGUCUGUCUGCAGGGAAGGGCCUGGGAGAAUCAUCUUGUGAAAUUAACUAAAGCCUGUUCUGAAACCCCCACAACUGCCCUUCUCCCCCAGACAGGCUGGAGAAUGACGUCCAUGUUUCGCUCCAGCUCAUCCCAUCCUCCCAUGGGAGAGGGAAGAGAAAUGGGUGCAGAGGAGCCUGUUAAGGGGCCGGUGACCUUUGAGGAGGUGGCUGUGUAUUUCACCAGGGAAGAGUGGGCUCUGCUGGACCCCACUGAGAGAGCCCUCUACAGGGAUGUCAUGCAGGAGAACUAUGAGAAUGUGACCUCGUUGGCUUCAAGAGGUCCCUGUGAUGGAAUGUAAAUGUCUUCUUCACACCUUCCCCCUGCAGGAGAAUGGCUGUUUGACCAGCUGUUUGCCUUGCUGUCUCUGAGGAACUGGUCUGGUUUCUAGUUUUCUAACAUGAUGUGAUCUCCCAGCUGGAACAAGGGGAAGAGCCAUGGGUCCCAGACCUCCAGGGCUCUGAGGAAAGAGAGAUCCUGAGAGCUCCCCGCACAGCAGGUGAUGCAAUGGCAUGUGAGAAAGAGGAGCAGAAUUCUCUGAAGGAAAAUGUUGAGCAAAUGGAUAAACACAGAGCAUUAUCGCAAAGAUCGAAAAGGAAUGUGUCCAGGAGUAAUGAGCAGGGAAACUCCUUUGAGAUUCAGCACAGACCAGAAAGAGAGCAAGGAAACCAGCCAGGGGAGAAAUUGGAUAAAUGUAUUUCCUUUUGGGGAACUCAGAAGGUCCUCAUGGAAACCACAACACAACAGGAAAUCCUUAGGCGAAAGAGAAAAAAUACAUGCACUGAGUGUGAGAAAAACUUCAUUCACAGAUCAAGACUUUCUGUUCAUCUGAGAAUCCACACAGGGGAGAGGCCCUACGAAUGCCGUGAGUGUGGGAAAACCUUCUCUCAAAUAUCAACCCUUUCUGUGCAUCAGAGAAUCCACACAGAUGAGAGGCCCUAUGAAUGCAGUGAGUGUAGGAAAAGCUUCACUCACAGAUCAGCCCUUUCUAGACAUCAGAGGAUCCACACAAGUGGAAGACCCUAUGAAUGCAGUGAGUGUGGGAAGACCUUCAGUCGCAGCUCAAACCCUAUUACCCAUCAAAGAAUUCACACAGGGGACAGGCCCUAUGUAUGCAGUGAUUGUGGGAAAACCUUCAAUCGCAGCUCGCACCUUAUUAGUCAUCAAACAAUCCACACAGGGGACAGGUCCUAUGUAUGCAGUGAGUGUGGGAAAACCUUCACUCAGAGAUCAGCCCUUUCUGUUCAUCAGAGAAUCCACACAGGGGACAGGCCCUACGAAUGCCGUGAGUGUAGGAAAAGCUUCACCCACAGAUCAGCCCUUUGUAGACAUCAGAGGAUCCACACAGGUGAAAGACCCUAUGAAUGCAGUGAGUGUGGGAAGACCUUCAGCCGCAGCUCAAACCUUAUUACCCAUCAAAAAAUUCACACAGGGGACAGGCCCUAUGUAUGCAGUGAUUGUGGGAAAACCUUCACUCAUAGAUCAGCCCUUUCUGUUCAUCAGAGAAUCCACACAGAUGAGAGGCCCUAUGAAUGCCAUAAGUGUAGGAAAAGUUUCACUCACAGAUCAGCCCUUUCUAGACAUCAGAGGAUCCACACAAGUGAAAGACCCUAUGAAUGCCGUGAGUGUGGGAAAACCUUCAAUCGCAGCUCACACCUUAUUACCCAUCAAAGAAUUCACACAGGGGAGAGGCCCUAUAAAUGCUGUGAGUGUGGAAAAUGUUUCACUAAGAGUUCAGUCCUUUCUGAGCAUCAGAGAAUCCACACGGGGGACAGGCCCUAUGAAUGCAGUGAGUGUGGGAAAACCUUCUCUUGGCACUCAGCCCAUGUUAGCCAUCAGAGAAUCUGCAAGGGAGAGCAACAUUGUAAAAAUCUCUAGGGCUAUCAAUACUUUUUCUUUAAUACUUUUCCUAAUUCCCACAUAGUAACUUUUAAAGCUCUUUGAUCUGUGUGCAGCACCAUUAUCCUCAGCUUGUCCAGAUGAGUGGCCCAUUUUUGCCUUUUGCAGUUCGCCUUCUUUUGAGAUGGACCUAUUUGUCCUUUCUAUUGUCCCAAAAGUAAUUUGAGUGUGCCCUUCCUAUGAGGAACCAGGGCGUGUCACAUUUAUACCUUUCCUCCUAUUGCAAAGUUAUUGUUAGAGUCACCAGUGAUACCGAUUGUAUCAUUGCCAGUUGUUCUCACGUUGCUCUGGGUUGUGCUGAAGAGCAGUUAUGUUGGGAAUUUUUCAAAUUAGAUGUAAAUGAAGAGGAGCUGGGGCAGGAAAAAAGUAUAAUUUCUGCUUCUGUGACACUGGAAGGAGAUGGAGUGACUCAAAGAUUCCCUCCUUCCCCUUCACUGCAGAACUUUUAUCUUUUGCCUGAGCCAUGCAGAGUUUAUCUUCAUCACAUUCUAUCCAUCCACUUCUCAAAGUGUCAUGUGAUGAAGCAUUCUCCAUUGUCUGUGCUUGUAGAUGAUGUUUUGACUUCUUUAAUCCUAUAUCAGAGUCGCAAUGACUGGAGAUGAAAGUGUCAAAGGACCUGGGAGGAGAAUUCAAAUGGAUCCCAAAUACAGUGUGAUCAUUUAGAGUUUAAAUCCCAGGUUCCAUCUAUCGUAAAGUCACUUCUGGCAAGAGGGCUGUUUUUCCCUCAUUAUGGGACUCCUAGGAUACUAAAAAAAUUGUAAAUAACGUAACUGACAGGGCUGAGUGAAGCAGGUUUGAAUGGAUCAGAGGACAAUGUGGUGGGAGAAUCUCUUGUCCCAGUUCUGAAUAAUCAGAUGUAACCUGCUCUGGAAUUUCACUUGACACUUUCUUUGUAAUGUAUUCUCUCUCUGUGAUGUGGGUUUCUAUCUUUCCUGAAGGCUGUUUGGUCACCCAAUUGGAUAUUAGUUCAGUUUGAUAGGAUGUAGCUCAGAUUUAUGGAAGAAUUGAAGACAAUGACCCUUUGCUAUAGUCCUCAUUUAUGAUUUCAGCUUUGCUUUUUACCCAUCCCUCCAUGAUGACAUGGAAAAAGUUGAAGUGCAGUUCUAUCAACAGGAGAGAACUCUCUAAUUUACGGGACAGGCUAACGAAGAAAUAGCAGUGUGAUGGUGCGCGGCCGGGGCUCGACCCUCCCUGGGGAGGAGGGGAGCCACACCACCUCGCUACGUGUCUUCUGAGGACCUCUGCCCUCGAGGUUGAGCGGUCAACAGUUUGGGCAGCUCGGGCCCUGUAGGCAGGACCGAACACAGGCACAGUCAAAGGGGGCCCAGUCCUUGGUUCGGGCGGGGCACCAAACCCACAGUUACAAUGGUUCAGACCCUUGUGACUCAGGGGCUGAGCAGUUAUCAGUUCAGGCCACUCGGGCCCUGUAGACGGGACCGAGCAGUGGCCCAGUCAAAGGGAGCCCAGCCCUUGGUUCGGGCAGGGCACCAAACCCACAGUUACAAUGGUUCAGACCCUUGUGACUCAGGGGCUGAGUGACAACCACCGUGGAUGGCCUCCUCAGGCCAGGGGAGGGGGAAUCUGCCACCCUUGAAGGUGGCAGGGGGAAUGCAGGCCCUCCCACUCCACUGCGUUCCAGCCCGGGGCCCUAGCAGCGGUUAACGCCGUUACCGGUCAGUGGGGAAUCCUGACCGAAACACACUGACAUGGGUUCCGGCAUACUUGCAGUCUGACUGGGGUCAGCUACCCCCGGGCUACUUCUUAUCUCCCCUUCUGGUCCUACCUGAUCGAGGCCAUCAGUCCCUGGGAAGCUUAGUAGCAUGGGCUCCUCCUGGCCAGGGCUGGGCGGUAGAUCCAGUAGUACCUCAGGAAAGUCCGGCCAGGCCUGUUCCAGGGGUUCCUCGGGCUAGUAGCAGGGACGGGGCAGUUCCAGCAGCUACUCAUCGUAGCGGGCGCGGGGCAGCUCGGGCAGCUCCUCGUCGUAGCGGGGAAGUUCUGGCCAGUCAGGGCAACGGCUCUGGGCCUCCGCAGCUUCCCAGUCAGGAGCACCCUCUAGCAGGUCUGCUCCCAACGGUGGCAGGGCUCCAACUGAGGGCUGAGGGCCUGCUUUUAUACUUCCGGGGCGCCUCCUGACCCUCUGAGGGGCAGGACUACCGCUCAGUGGCCCCACCCCUUUUGGCAUCUGACGGGGCUCGACCCUCCCUGGGGAGGAGGGGAGCCACACCGCCUCGCUACAAGCAGUGAUUUAAAAUCUCCACUCAGAAAUGGUGAACAACAGCAGAACCCCAACUAACUGAAGGAAGUGCAUAUGAUCACAGUGUAUUUCAGUUGUUUAAGGCAAUAUUGUCUCCGAUGAUCUGGGAAGAGAAUUCCAUGGUAAGUAGUUUUGAACUAGGCAAAAUGGCCAUGUGUUUGGUUCCCAAAGCAUUUGUAAUCCAGGCUCUACAGAAGAUCUCUCCUAGCUAAUCCUAUGCUAUGGGAAAUGCAGGCCUUCAUGACACAGAUGUUGAGGAAAUAGAAGUGGAGUUUUUGUCGAAUUUAUCCUUUGUAGGCUCUAAAGAUGUUUAUAAAAUAAAACCAGUAUUGAAAAUGUAA